UAAUCAUUGUUGGAGACCCACUGCAUUGACAAUAGAAACACUCAGUGUUGUAUCGCGUGGCCAUUACUUAGAAACCGGCUUGUGUGUUUUCAAUUCGACGAUCACUGUGGUGUGGCCAGCAACGAGUCAUAACCAUUGACCAUUCCUUCUAGACAACCGAACGCCAUGGCUGACAACAAGGAUGGUGAUGAUGAUAAGAUCUACGGGGGCUGCGAAGGGCCUGACGCCAUGUACGUCAAGCUGGUAUCAUCGGACGGUCAUGAAUUUAUUGUGAAACGAGAUCAUGCCCUCACAUCGGGCACCAUCAAAGCUAUGCUGAGUGGACCAGGACAAUUUGCUGAGAAUGAAACAAAUGAAGUACACUUCAAAGAGAUCCCAUCCCAUGUGCUUUGCAAGGUCUGCAUGUAUUUCACGUACAAGGUCCGAUACACCAACAGCUCCACAGAAAUCCCAGAAUUCCCCAUUCAGCCAGAGAUUGCCCUUGAACUCCUCAUGGCUGCCAACUUCCUGGAUUGUUAGGUCAAAGGUCAGAGGUCAUACCAUCCCCCAAGGCGAGCGAGCAGACAGACUGAAGAGAUCAACGAAACAACUUCUUUUCUUUGUUUGUGAGUUGCGUGUCAGAAACUAUAGGCCUAUUACAUGGUAUAUAAAUAUUUUAUAGAAAAUGGCCAUAUAGAAACAAUACAAACAAAGUAAUUAAGAGCUGAAUUUUCAUGAUGGAUAAUUUAUAGGUGCAUACAUCUAUUUUACAAUCAGAGUAUAAUGUAAAGUCCAUGACUCAUGAAUGCUUGAAGGAAACAAAACAUAGGCUAGCUAUAUAGCAGUCUUUAACAACUUUAAUUCAGUUAUUGAAUGUGGUGAAGAAGGAUUGAUGUGCCCAUAUUCUACCCAAUAUUAAUGCAUAUUUUUUUUCUUUAAAGACAGCAGGGUCUAGAUACAGAAAAACAUAUACGGUCUGUUUAGAUGUGACUUUGAGGGUUAAUAUGCCAGCCAUAUUCUAUCGAAAGCACAUUGUAUAUGGCUGUGUUUAGAUGUGAGGUCCGUGAGAGAGGGAGAAUAAUUAAGUUGAAUCAAAGAUUUAUACAUGCAUGUUUGGUAUAGCAAAGUAGUAUAUGAUGAAGGUACAGUACAUGUGUAGGCAUAGAUCUUUUCAUUUGGCUUGAAUGGAAGGCUCCACAACACCAGGAUAAAUAGUCUAAUUUUGUUGUCCAAAUUUUGCUAAAGAUUAUAAUAUCAAAUUGUAAUGUUAUGCCCCGAUUAUAACAGUAUUUUAACUACUGACAGGCUACCCUGUUGAUAAUACUACCUAAUAAAUAAAUCAUCUUCUCAGCGCCAAAAGGACAUUAACUUUUAUACUUUUGCAUAUGGAUAAUGCCCUUUUCGUCCUAUGCAGAUGAUAUGAUUAGGUUGGUAAAAAGCUCUCUGUAAAGUUUGCUGUGUUUAGAAUGUAUACGAGGUAAAAACAUUGAUGAUAAAGACAUGGCUCUUUUUUUCUAUUCUAGGAAGUCUUAUGUUCAGGUAAAAUGAAAAUAUGAUCGUACUACAUGUAAUUCCAAGCAAGCUCCAAUUUAAUGCAUGAAACAAUCACUUUUAUAGGAAAUGUAUCUCGGCUCGUAAUUCUAGAAAAUAGAAAUUAUGUAAUAUAUAAAACAAGACAAUGUGGGUAUUAAAAUGAAUUUUAAUCCUUUAAGUGCAUAACUUAUGUUGAUGACUUUUGGCUAGUUGUCAUUGUUUUACAUUUUGUUAGUCAAAACAACUAAUUACUGCAUGAUUUUGGAUUAAUAAUGACUUUUAGACAGUCUUCUAAAAACAUUGAUAACUUACCAGAACCCAAGAAUUCCUUAAAACAAUCUUGAUGUUAGAGUAAAACUAUCGCAUCGGGAUACUUGCCUAUUUUUUACACAUAGCCUAGGAUUGUUGAUAUAUUUUAAAGAAUGUACGUACGGUGAAUGAGAUACUUAAUGUCUGUGCAUUAUAUUGUAUAAAUGAGGAGAUGCUGAUUAUAUUCAACAUAAAAAUUUGGACUCGGUCUGUCGUCAAAAAAGUGCAUUAAAAUCUUUAAAAAAUGCUUUCUCAAUGCUACAUAGGUUGUACAUAUGGCUAAGGGCCGGACUAUAGUAGAAUGUUAUGAAAACCUUUUCUACAUGUAUAUCGAUUAAAUGUAGCACCACAACAUAUUAAAAUUAAGUAUGUAAAUGUUUAAAUGCUGUGGACUUUAAUGUGAUUUGCCUAUGAGGGGGAAGAAGGAGAAAAUGUUGAUUAUUUCAACAAAUAUGGCAUACGGUAUACACAUUUUUUCUAUCAAAAACAAUAUAGAAAAAGGGGAAAAUGCUCUUAUUGAAAUGCUGUUGAAACAUAAUUGUGGUAAUAAUCAAUGUUUCUUACUCACAAUUGCUGUGUAUUAUUGGAAUGUUACAUUUCCUCUUAUAUUCUGUAUAGAAGGUAUUUAUUCGCAUUGCUAGAAGUGAAAACAGUUUAUCACAAACUGUACACAUUACAUUCAGAGCUUGAAUACAUGUAAUGCGAGGCAGCACUGCAUGUAUCACAUAUUACAUAUCAACCAAGAAUGAAUGAAUGUACAUCUACAUGAAAUGUACGCCUUAGACUCCAGAGAAAUCAUCAUAGUCCCAUGUAUUGUUUUUGAAGAGGUGCUAGAUGCUUCACAUGACUAGUGUUUUGAGACUGGCAUCAGAAUGCCAUCCCAGAAAAAAAUACAAAUAACCAAGUUAUACAAUUACAAUGUCAUUUUGGGGGGUAAGAAAUUUGUCAGAGUGUGCAUCGACCAGGCUAGAAAUAUCCUUUGACCCAUGUGCUAGUCAUGUUAUUUCUACCUACAUGUAUUUGUAAUAGAUAUAACAUAUAAAGGGACUCUGAUGAAAAGCAUUUUAAAGCCUAUCUGCACUACUUUGGCCAGGAGGGAUUAGACCUCCAUGCGUGGUCACUGACAGGUAGU